UGUGUCUCCAUAUUGCAUUCGAAAAAAUUAUGUAUAUGUUAUACUGCUUUCAAUAAUAUUAUCCAGAUAACAACAAUUACCAUUGGAAGCAACAAAUAUGCCUAUUAAAUGUAAAACAGAUUGCGGACGAAAUGCAGUACUUAAGCGCCCAAAAACAUCAGACGCUCUAUGUAAAGACUGCUUUUUUGCCGCUUUUGAAGCCGAAAUUCACUAUACCAUAAUAACCAAUAAACUAUUUAAAAUCGGAGAAAAAGUUGCAGUAGCUGCCAGUGGUGGAAAAGAUUCAACAGUUUUAGCUUAUGUAUUAAAAUUACUCAAUGAUCGCCAUAAUUACGGUCUUCAAUUAAUUCUUUUAUCCAUUGAUGAAGGCAUAACUGGGUACCGAGAUGACAGUCUUGAGACAGUUAAAAAAAAUCGCGAUGACUAUCAAAUGCCCCUAAAAAUACUUUCCUACGAUGAGCUGUAUGGCUGGACUAUGGAUCGCAUUGUUGGACAAAUUGGGCGAUCAAAUAACUGCACUUUUUGUGGAGUUUUUAGACGACAAGCGUUGGAUCGUGGAGCAAAACAGCUUGAAGUGGAUAGCAUAGCUACUGGGCAUAAUGCUGAUGAUAUUGCUGAAACCGUUUUGAUGAAUAUUUUGCGAGGAGAUACGGCCCGUUUAAGGCGUUGUACAGAUAUAAGAACCGGAGGUGGAGAAAACACAAUUCCUCGUGUUAAACCACUUAAAUACACCUACGAAAAGGAAAUUGUUAUGUAUGCUCAUUUUAAAAAGUUGAUAUAUUUUUCGACCGAAUGUGUGUUCGCACCAAACGCAUACCGGGGACAUGCACGUGCAUACCUAAAAGACUUGGAAAAAGUUCGCCCAUCGGUUAUUAUGGAUAUAAUACAUUCUGGGGAGCAACUACUUUUUAAAGAUACAGUAAAAAAACCACUUAGAGGUACAUGUGAACGCUGCGGAUUCGUAUCAUCUCAACAGCCGUGCAAAGCUUGUAUUUUAUUAGAAGGAUUAAACAGAGGACUCCCAAAAUUAGGAAUCGGAAAGAAAUCGAAGGGAGAUCGUAUGAGAUUGAAACAGGAUAAAGAACUCGCGUUAAGGGAGCGUGCUAAUUUAGUUAAAAAUGAUUUCUGAUAUAAUAAACUAUAAAACAAUAUACUAUGUACAUAUUA